AUGGGCAGCCAGAAACGCAUAGCCAAGGAGCUCUCCGAGCUCGUUGAGUCGCCCCCCGCGGGCAUCAGCGUCGAAUUGGCCGAUGAGGCAAACCUGUAUGAGUGGAAGGUGCAUAUGAAGGGUCCUGAAGGAUCACCAUACCAGGGCGGAGUCUUCCUUCUGAAACUGUCGCUACCUACCGCAUACCCAUUCAAGCCUCCCACGGUUUCUUUCGCUACCAAAAUCUACCACCCCAAUGUUACAAACGACGAGAAGGGCAGUAUGUGUUUGGGAAUGCUGCGUGCAGACGAGUGGAAACCUAGCUCCAAGAUCAGUGCGGUUCUGCAGUUUGCUCGCCAACUUCUGGCAGAGCCCAUGCCCGACGAUGCUAUCGAGGGGAGGAUCGCGGAGCAAUACAGGAAUGACCGUCAGCGCUAUGAUGAGGUUGCACGGGAGUGGACUCGAAAGCAUGCGGCGCAUCAGUAG